GUUGUCGCGGGCAGAGUCCGGCCCAGAGCGAGGCCCUGUUGCUGCCGCUAUCGGGAGGCGCAGCCGUUACCCGCGGCGCGACGCGGGGCCGCCGUCUCGCCCGUCACAGGCGGCCCGGCCGGCUCGGCGCGGCGGCCAGGGCGGGGCGCAUGGCGGAGAGGCCAUGAUGUGAACUACAGCAAUUUAGCAGCUGAUUCCCGAGUGGUUCAGUGUUUGUCUCCUGAAUGAGUUCUAGGUCAAAUGAUUAGUUCUGUGACAAGACAGCAUGACACUUCGAGUAUGACAGAAGCCCUGAUGCUGCAGCAGAGGCUGGGAAUAUUAAUGGCCAAAUCUAGAGAUCACAUGGUCUUCUAAAGAAGUCAUGGGUAGCUGCUGUAGCUGUCCAGAUAAAGAAACUGUCCCAGAUAACCAUCGAAAUAAGUUUAAGGUUAUUAACGUGGAUGAUGAUGGUAAUGAACUGGGUUCUGGCAUAAUGGAACUUACAGAUACAGAACUAAUUUUGUACACCCGUAAAAGGGACUCUGUAAAAUGGCACUACCUCUGUCUCCGUCGCUAUGGCUAUGACUCAAAUCUUUUCUCUUUUGAAAGUGGCCGAAGGUGUCAAACUGGACAAGGAAUCUUUGCCUUUAAAUGUGCCCGUGCAGAAGAGCUGUUUAAUAUGUUGCAAGAGAUAAUGCAGAAUAAUAGCAUAAAUGUGGUAGAAGAACCAGUAGUAGAAAGGAAUAAUCAUCAAACUGAGUUGGAAGCUCCAAGAACCCCUCGAACACCAACCACUCCUGGAUUCAAUGCACAAAGUUUACCUAAUGGCUACCCCAGAUAUCCAUCUUUUGGAGAUGCUUCAUCACAUCCUUCCAGCAGACAUCCUUCUGUUGGAAGUGCACGUCUCCCCUCUGUUGGUGAAGAAUCAACGCAUCCUUUACUUGUAGCAGAGGAGCAAGUGCACACUUAUGUCAACACUACUGGGGUACAAGAGGAAAGAAAAAACCGAUCAAGUGUGCAUGCGCCACUGGAAUCAAAGCUUUCAAACACUGAAACAACUAAAGUGAAAGAAGAUCAGAUGUGUACUGAUGACAGAGAUGCUCAGGUUCUCCUGGAGCCUGAAGGAGUCAAGUUUGUUUUAGGACCAACACCUGUUCAAAGGCAGUUAAUGGAAAGAGAAAAACUGGAGCAACUUGGGAGAGAUCAAGUUAGCGGCAGCAGCACAAACAACACUGAAUGGGACACUGGGUACGACAGUGAUGAACGUAGGGAAACACCAUCUGGUAAUAAAUUGGUGUAUGAAAAUAUAAAUAGGUUAUCAAUCCCUAGUGCCUCAGGGGUCAGGAGAGGUCGUUUGACAUCAACCAGUACCUCAGACUCCCAGAACAUUAACAACUCUGCUCAGAGGAGAACUGCGCUAUUGAACUAUGAGAACUUGCCAUCCUUGCCUCCUGUUUGGGAAGCCCGCAAGAUGAGUAGAGAUGAAGAUGACAGUUUAGGACCAAAGACCCCAUCUCUGAAUGGCUACCACAAUAACCUAGAUCCAAUGCAUAAUUAUGUCAAUACAGAGAAUGUAACAGUACCAGCAAGUGCUCAUAAAGUAGAAUUUACACGACGUCGGGACUGUACCCCAACAGUCUUUAACUUCGACAUUAGGCGUCCAAGUUUAGAACACAGGCAGCUCAACUAUAUACAGGUUGACUUGGAAGGUGGUAGUGACUCCGACAACCCUCAGACUCCAAAAACCCCCACCACUCCACUUCCGCAAACUCCAACCAGGCGCACAGAGCUGUAUGCUGUGAUAGACAUUGAAAGAACUGCUGCUAUGUCAAGCUUGCAAAAAGCACUGCCCCGAGAUGAUGGUACUUCUAGGAAAACUAGACAUAACAGUACUGACCUGCCUAUGUGAGCCUGGGAAGCAUUAAAUCAUUUGCACCUUUUGUGAAGUUUAUAAAAUUGAAGAUGCAAGUACUUUGCAUUUCUUAACACUAACGCCUUUUAUAGACUAAUAGAAUUUUUUCUGCAUACUUCAUGUACUUGUCUAACUAAAGGGAAUUAAUGUAGAGCAAGUAUUCAUUUAGGUAACACUAUUUCAUUCUACAGUAGUAGUAACUAGUGCGUAGCAGCAGCGUCACCACCUUUCACAGUGCCUCUUUAAACUGAUUAGAGUCUGAGUGAUGUGCCAGUUUUGAAUUUAUAAAUAUUCUGGUCUGAUGCCUAUACUCAUUAAUGGCAUUUAUAACACUUUUUAAAGCCUGUUGAUACGUGCAUUAUUAGCAGGUCAACCUAAUCUUUCAAGAUACAUAUUUUGCGUUCAUUCCUCAUUGAAGUGGCUCUUCCAGAAUGAAAUGUAUGUAAUGCAUUAAUUCAUUCAGUUUGAUGUACACAAGAUAUAUUGGUUCAUCUCAAGGGAUAUAAACACCACACCUUUUUUGUCUGUGUUGCUUUUGUUUUUUGUUUGUUGGGGGUUUGGGUUUUAUUUUAAGACCACAUGGGCAAGAAGGCCUGUAAUUCCUGAUAGUUUUCUUAACUUGUGAGAUACUUGAGAGGGCACAAAGUUCGUUGAUCACAGCUAUAAACACAUGUAAACCCAGCCUUAAGCUCCUUCCGCUAGAAGAGAAUUCCGAGUGGCAUAUCAAGUUCCUUGUGAAAUCUGACAGAAUUUUAAUCUCAUUAGUGUUUUGGUUUUUUUCGGUGAAAGAAUUCACAGGUUGGCUGUAUGAAUUAAGGCUCUUUUGUAAUUUUGUAGUUCAGUGUGCCUUCCUUUCUUUGCAUUUGUGCGUUUCUUUUUUAUCUGUUCCAUAAUGUCUUGUUUUAAAAGUCAAAAUUUUGUACAUAACUUUAAUUAUCAUUCAGGGUCAUUUAUGUGUUUGUCUUACUCUCUGCAUUUGACAAAGAAAGACUCUUGAAGGUCAAAUGGUUGUCUUUGUCCAGUGUUCUACUUUUACAUGCCUGACAGAAAUAUCCCAGCUCUCUAGCAGCAUGCAUUAUUGCACAACUGGUUUAUUAUGCAGCUAUCGUCUUCCUCUAAAGCAUUAGACGCAGGUUACACGGGAGGCAGGGUACUGGACUUGAUAGUUCUUUAUAGAAAAUUGCACAUUCUAGCAAUGUGCAUCCAUAGUUGAUAGUAUACUUUUAAUUUAGAAAGAUAUGUAAUAAAUUAUCUGAAGGUAGUAUUAUCUAUGAGCAUACUUCUUUUCUUUUGCAGUUGGUGAAUUUGAUUACAACAAUGGCUGCUCAGUGUUAAAGGUAUAUCCAGGUAGAAUGUUUGUGGAAUAUGCUAGAUGCACUCUUAGCAGGAGUUUUUGGGGUUGGCUUUGGUUUGGUUUUUUUCUAAUGCGCAAGAAUUGUAGAAUUCUGGCAGUAUUGCAGGUGCACCUUGAUACUAGCAGCAGCAGUGAUUACUCUCCAGACUGUGAUUGCAAAGGAAUUGACACUUAUGUGAACUGGUGUGAUGUAAAAUAACCCUUGAACUGUGAGGAAAAACAUGCAAGAAAAGCCAUUUGGAGAUCUGAAAAAAAAUAAAGGUCUUCAUGCAAUAUUUGAAGUUUUAUUAAAAAAACCACAACAAACUACAAUUAUUUUCAGUCUUUAUAUUGGAGUGUAUUCCUGUUGCUUUGUUAGCUUUUUCUGUGGUCUUCUCUCAGUUCAGUAGUGGCAGCAGUAGCAGCACCUGAAAUACGUGUGUCUUGCCACACUGUUAAGGGAUAUCAGGCAACCUUUUCACUCUGACUUUCAUUAUUCUUUACAGACUGUACAGUACUGAAAUACCAGAUGCACAAAGAACAUAAUUUGCAGAAGUAAAAAAUAGGAGUCAUUGAAACCAUUAUGAGGAACUUAAAUGAGAUGAAAAAAACCCACCUCAUUAAUAAUUUCACGGUCAACCUAUGCAUACUCUUGUGAUAGACUCGUUGACUUGUGGGGAGACCUUGGUGCUCAAGAAAGUAAUGACUACCUAGAGCUAGAUGUUUUCCAGGUCUGCAGUGUUAGUGCUCCUUCACAUCUUUGCCGUUGCCUCACCUUAGGCUAUGGACCAGUCUUGGCCUGUACUGAAGAUAAGUUACCAGGUGUUGCAAAAUACUGGGUUAACGUGUGGUUCUUGUUCUUAGCUUACAGCUCACUUAAAUUCGUGAGCAGAACUAAUGUUUCAGCAUGUGUUUCGAGGCAAUUGUGUUUGAUCUAGCUAGCUGCCUAGAAAUAUUUGGUCUCCACUGUAUAGUAUGGGUGUUUCAGAAAUACUAAUUAAUUGGAUCCUUAAAAGAGACCUAUGAGGCAGGGAAGUUGACAACUAGGGAAACAGAGGCUUCAAGUAGGUCCCAAGUGACCUGCUGAAAUUAUACCAACCAACCAUAUCCCUCCUUAGUUUGUUGCGCUUUCCUGUGCAUUUAUCCUGAAUAGUCUCAGAUCAUACAAGGCAUAAGUAAUUUUAUGUUGUUGCAAGAUUUACAGUACUACUUAGGCGGUGUUUUCUUAGCUCUGGUCCCCAAAAUUGAGAACAUACUGAAAUUUCAACUUUCUGUAGCCUUAAUUAUAUUGACAAGUGUGACAACAUAUUUUCCAUAUUUUUACCCUCUUAAAUUUUACAGGCGGGAAUAUGCUUUCUCAUUUUGUCUAUGCUGCAAACAUACCCGGUAGUCCCUGUUACCCAUGCUACUCAUCUUUAGCAUUCCUUAUUUUCUGCCCCUUGAAGUAGAUGUAGUUGCAAUGCACUUUACCCUUCAAGACUUGGUAAAUAUUUUUUUCAGUUCAGUCUCUUCUAAAGGCUGUGAUGUUAGGUUUAGUAUCUGUAAUCCUGGAUUCGGUUUUCAGCUGAGAUCCCUCCGCAGUAUUUAGAUCAUAUUUAUUUUGGGCCCACAGGUGUAUAGACUGAGAAACUACAAGUAUGCAAUCAUUUUCCUUAGUAACGUUAACGGAGACAUGUUAAGUUUACAUAAACUAGGUCCUGCAAAAAUGGCAGCAUCUCUGUCUGCUCUACUUUUUAUCCAUAACAUGCAGUUGGCUGCUACCAUUCAAGCUCGUCUGACAAGGGAAGCCUUUAACUGUAGGUAUUCCUUUCAUGCAGUGAUUUGGGAAAGGCGUACAUCAGUGUAUCUUUCCAUCAAGGAAACAGAGUUGAUAAAAAAGAUGAAACAGUGACCAAAAGUACAUAAUAAAGAUUGUACCAGAAAUAGAGUUAGUGAGAAUUUAAUCCAUUGGUUAUAUCAGGAAAAUAAUUUUUUUCUCAAAUUGAUGUCAAGAGAAGGACCAGGUUUUUUGGUUUUGUGGUGUUUCUUGGUGGCUCCAUGAAACACUAUAAAAAAGACCAUACUGAAAACCUUAACUCUCGUUAGAACAUUUUUUGUUUCCCCCAAUAAGUACAUUUGGCAUGACCGGGGUUGAAUGUAAUGGUGUGCAUUCCUGUUCCUAUUGAAGUCUGCAGGACUUUUAUAGAAAUAUCCAGUGUUCAAAUAGACAUUUCAUAUCAUAAAAUGGUUAAACACCACACACACACACCCCUUCCCUCAGAUGUUUGGAUAUUUGUACAUGUGUUUACAUCUCUGACUAGGGCUUGGGGUGUAAAAAGUGCCACAGAAAGGAGUAAGCUGUACAAAGUCCAAACCAGUGUCAAAACAGGGCUGUUUUUUUUGCAGAUGACAGACCAGCAGUUGAUUUUGCUGGUUUUACAACAGUGUGUAUUGGCUCAAAAUCUGGCUAUCCUUGUUUUUAUUUUAUAUUUAACCACUUCUCAAUGAGACGGUCUGGAGAGAGAUAGUCAUUAUUCACUGUCAGUGAAGGAAAAUGCAAGUUCUGAUUAAUGUUAGUUACUACUUCGAGCAUAUAAUGAUGUAUCCGAUUUGGACCUCUAAAAUACUCUAAGCAGUAUUCUCUUCGUGUAAGGUGGGAUCAAUGGUGAAAUUCCAUUUCUGCACUGUAGUAAUUUAUUUAAUGGCUGCAAAUAAGAUGAAACUAAUUUAGUAGGAACUAAUAGUGGACUUAAAUCUUAAAUUCUCCUAUUUCCCCUAAAGAAGUUUGGUCCUUCAGUGUGAUAGAUAGAAUUAGGUAUUUUUUGAAUUUAAUGAUAAGAUCUUUCCCAUCUUUUCCUUGAGGUAGCAAUUCAGGCAUUUAUAUUUGACAGUAUUUACUUAAUAUAAACAUAAGUUCAUUUAUCAUAUCUUUAUUUUAAAUUCAUAUACACUCCAAAAAAAAAAAUCCAGAAGAAAUUCCAUCACAAAAAACUGCGUUAAGAUGGAGUCAAGGUUGCUGAUGUCCUUCUUACAGAGCAUAUACGAAAAAGACAGGAAGUCAUGAGUUGAGGUUCUUUCACAAUCGUUAGGAAUUACUUCCUCUUUUGGACAAGAUAAGUGAAUACGAAAAGACAAACUUAGCAGCUGCAACUCUGACCAUGUACACAUUAUUUCUUCUGAUACUGUACUUUAAGUGUGUGACUAAGUCUGUCAGAUGUCUUAUGAGGCUAUUACCCUAACACGGUGUUUACUCCAGAUUAACGCAGUAUUUUGUUUGGAAAUAAUGUAGGUCUACAGAUAAAAUACGAGAGACAAGUUACCUUAAAGUUGGUGAAACAAGUGUUGGACAUUUCUCUAUUUUUAUAUAUUACAAAGGGCAUUUUGAAAUUUUUCUUGCAGUUUUAUUGAUUUAGUGUGGUAAUAUACAUAUAUUGUGACAAUGUUUUCUGCUAUAUCCAUUACUUUGGUGUAAUUCUAUUUUAUGUAGCAAAUACGUGUAUAUACAAAAGAGAUUAUGUAAAAAAUAUGAUUAAGAAAUAGGCUUGAGCCCUUGAGAAUAGGGACUGUCUUCCUCUGUGUCUGCAAAGUACUUAAUGCCUUGGGGUGCCAGCCACAACUCCUGUCUGAGACCUGUGGUGACUGAAUUGCCAAGCGAUGAGCGUGGAGGAGCAGCUCCUCUGCUUUCCACGAGAAGCCUUAGUACAAAAGAUGCCGUGAAGCUCACCUUGCCACUCCCUGGUGCUGGGGCUGUGCUGUACAUGCUCUUUUCCAGCGCCACCUGCCAACAACCCAGAGAGCCCGGAGUCCGUGUGUCCUUUAUGCCAGUCCUUCCCCUGGGCAGUAGGAAAGGAAGUCUGGGGUAGGAGCUUUGAUGUCAUCAGGGAAUCUUCCUUGUUAGCAGGGUGAUCCUUCCGGAGCUUGUUCGGGCCUCAUGCAGUGUCCUUUGAAACCAAAUGAAUGAUGCGUGUUGACUUCAGGGGCCACUGGAUGUGCUCCUACAAGAUCCGAGUUCUGCUGACAUAACAGCUCUGUUACACCUGAGGACCUGGUUGGUCAAGUUCUUCAGGAAUGGUUUAAAAAUACUGUAAAAAUAUAUUUAAUUACAUGUACUAAAAAAAUUUCCUAUUUGUUGUGGUCAGCGUUCAGAUGACUAUGUGAAUUUUGAUUUCUUAGUGAUACUUGCAUAUAUAUUGCUUUAACUAUUAUGUAUGAAAGAGGAAGUGAUUCUAAAGUGUGAAAGAUCAGGAUUACACCUGCUUUUUAAUGGUUAUGUUAUUUAGCAAUGGAUGUCAGCAAAUUUAACUCCAUAUUAAUGCAGUUUUUUUGCAUUAGAAUAUGUGUGUAUAUCAUACACCCACAUUUUAUAUAUAAUACGUUAUAUAUAUUUGGUACUAACUUUGUAUUUUCCCUGAAAUUUUGCCAAAUCUCGAACACAGAUGUUCUCACUUGUAAGACUUUGGUACUUAAUAACUGAAUGUAUAAGAAAUGCUCUGGUAUGAAAGUGUGUUGUAUGAUGUCCCACAACACAGAGGUCUCAACCAGCAGGCACGUUGCCUUUUUCACAUCUUGCUUCAUUGCAGCAUCACCUUUCAUCUCCUGAAAAACAGUCUGUUUAAACUGCAGACCUGCCAUCGCAGUACUGCUGAAUACCACACGCUAGCAUGAAAGCUGACUGGUAGUAGUAAAAAUACAAUAGUCACCAGUGUGCCACAAAUGCAUUUAUUAAAUGCAGAAAUAGACGUUUCUACAAAGGCCAAAAUCUUAUGUUGUAUGUUCCUUUCUUGUCAUUACAUUGUAUGAUAUUGUAAGAUUAUUGUAUGUCCUAAUUUGCAUUAUAAAAUGUUUUUUCCUACUUAAAGGCAUAAAUAUAGCAACUUUGUAUAAAGGUAGCUUUCUAGAUUUUUAUUUCUUUUAUAUAAAAAUGUCUAAACAGUGGGAGUACCAUUGCCAAAUUGUUUAUAAAAUUUCAGUUACUUUGCCCUGUUCAAUGAAUUUCUUUUUACAAACAUUCCAUGUUUCUUUUAUGAAAAAAAGUGAUAUUAUACUAUGCAGAAAGAGUGUAUUUUUAUGCCAUUCCACAUUAAUCUUAAAAAAAAAUUCAUGCCACUUGUUUUAAGCUGUCAUCUUUGAGAAAGCUUACCAAAUGUGCAUUUUUUAAAAAUCUAUUAUGUAUUAUGAUAACAUUUUCCCCCUUUACCAGUGCCAACUUCAUUUGAAAAAAAAAUAAUUGUAGCAUGGCAAUAAACUAUUGAUUUUACAUUGAAAA